UGCACCCGCGUGGGGCGUCGGGCGAGAUGGCGGCGCGCAGCCUGGGCAGCGGUGUGGGGCGACUGCUGCGUAGCCUGCACGGGCGCUCCGGACAAUCGGGGUGGUUGCUGAGCGUGUCCCUAUCGACCGCCACUCGGCUCCUAGGCAGCGUUCCCCAGGCAGCGCAGCCGGGCUCAUACCCUGCGUUGAGCGCUCAGGCGGCCCAGGAGCCAGCCGCCUUCUGGGGGCCGCUGGCCCGUGACACACUAGUUUGGGACACCCCCUACCACACUGUCUGGGACUGCGACUUUAGGACGGGCAAGAUCGGCUGGUUCCUGGGAGGCCAGUUGAAUGUAUCUGUCAACUGCCUGGAUCAGCAUGUGCAGAAGUCCCCUGAGACCGUAGCUUUGAUUUGGGAGAGAGAUGAGCCUGGGACUGAAGUGAGGAUCACUUACAGGGAGCUUCUGGAGACCACGUGCCGCCUGGCCAACACCCUGAAGAGGCAUGGAGUGCACCGAGGGGACCGUGUGGCCAUAUACAUGCCUGUGUCCCCCGUGGCUGUGGCGGCAAUGCUGGCCUGUGCCAGGAUUGGAGCUAUCCACACAGUGGUAUUUGCUGGCUUUAGUGCAGAGUCCUUGGCUGGGAGGAUCAAUGAUGCCAAGUGCAAGGUUGUUAUCACCUUCAACCAAGGACUCCGGGGAGGGCGUGUAGUGGAACUGAAGAAAAUAGUGGACGAAGCUGUGAAGAGUUGCCCAACAGUCCAGCACGUCCUGGUGGCUCACAGGACAGACGCCAAGGUCCACAUGGGGAAUCUGGACAUUCCCCUUGAGCAGGAAAUGGCCAAAGAGGCCCCUGUGUGUGCCCCUGAAAGCAUGAGCAGUGAAGACAUGCUCUUCAUGCUCUACACCUCUGGGAGCACUGGCUCACCCAAGGGACUCGUUCAUACGCAGGCGGGCUAUCUACUGUAUGCUGCCAUGACGCACAAGCUCGUGUUUGACUACCAGCCAGGCGAUGUCUUUGGCUGUGUGGCUGACAUCGGUUGGAUCACAGGGCACAGCUAUGUGGUGUAUGGACCCCUCUGCAAUGGAGCUACCACGGUCCUUUUUGAGAGCACCCCUGUUUACCCGGAUGCUGGUCGCUACUGGGAGACAGUGCAGAGGCUAAAGAUCAACCAGUUCUAUGGUGCCCCAACAGCCGUCCGGCUGCUACUGAAGUACGGGGAUGCCUGGGUGAAAAAGUAUGACCGAUCCUCCCUGCGCACAUUGGGGUCAGUGGGAGAGCCUAUCAACCAUGAAGCCUGGGAGUGGCUCCACAAGGUGGUGGGUGACGGCAGAUGUACGCUGGUGGACACUUGGUGGCAGACGGAAACUGGUGGCAUCUGCAUCGCACCACGGCCCUCAGAAGAUGGGGCAGAGAUCCUCCCGGGUAUGGCCAUGAGGCCCUUCUUUGGCAUCGUCCCAGCACUCAUGGAUGAGAAGGGCAAUGUUGUCGAGGGUCGCGACGUCUCUGGGGCCCUGUGCAUUUCCCAAGCUUGGCCAGGCAUGGCAAGGACCAUCUAUGGUGACCACCAGAGGUUCGUAGAUGCCUACUUCAGAGCAUACCCAGGUUAUUACUUCACUGGAGAUGGAGCUCACCGGACUGAGGGUGGCUAUUACCAGAUCACAGGGCGCAUGGAUGAUGUCAUCAACAUCAGUGGUCAUCGCCUGGGGACUGCAGAGAUUGAAGAUGCAAUGGCUGACCAUCCUGCUGUUCCAGAAACCGCUGUCAUUGGGUACCCUCACGACAUCAAGGGAGAAGCUGCCUUUGCCUUCAUUGUGCUGAAAGAUGACACACGUGAUACCAACGCGGUAGUAAAUGAACUGAAGUCGGCAGUGGCCACCAAGAUCGCCAAGUAUGCCGUGCCUGACCAGAUCCUGGUGGUGAAGCGUCUCCCCAAAACCAGAUCUGGGAAAGUGAUGAGGAGGCUGCUAAGGAAGAUCAUCACCAGCAAGGGGCAGGAUCUAGGGGACACCACUACCCUGGAGGACCCCAGUGUCAUCACGGAAAUCUUGAGUGCCUUCCAGAAGUAUCAAGACCAGCGGGCUGCCACCAAGUGAGGUGUGCCUGUGUCUAUGCUCAGACAAGGACCCUGGCAGUCCUCAGGGAAAGGAGCCUUGAAGGUGGCUUGUUCCAUCUAAGCACAUGACCCCUCUACUGUCCUAUGUGGGGCCAAAGCCCCUUUUUUCCUUCUGCGGCUCAGAGGGCCGCCUCUGGAGGGGGAAGCCUUUGUCCUACAUCUGGUUUCCAGAGUGAAGUCAUAAUCGGCAGUGAGCCAGCAUGGGGCGGCCAGAGGACUGUUCACCAUUUGGCUUCUCCAAAGCCAUCAUGCUUUCUCCAGAUGUGUCUAGAUAUAAAACGCAGAUGUUUUAUUUUUUGUACUUUUCUAUUUGGAGAGAACAACAGAACACUGAACUGUAAUGUGAACAUUAACAUUUAGUCUCUUGCUCUUUCUCUCUCUCACACACAGAGGAAUUGGGGAAAAUCUCCCUUCUUGUUUCCCCAGGGAAGCAUAAAGAUAACAGAGUGUACUUUUUACUAGCAUUUGGCAUGCUUGAAGUCCAAAUCAGAGAUGUUUGUGCCUCUGUCUUACACAGAACUCUCCUGAUCCUGCUAAUCCGAGUUGCCACGUCCACUUGCUGUGUCUGUUUCAUAUUUGGUUCAUUUUAUGUUAUAGAACAAACUCAACAAUUCUUU